CAGCACAAACGGUACCGUCCGCAUCUCUGGCCUGUUACCCGCUGUGUGGUAUCAUGUACAAGUCAAUGUGAGAAAUGCGCUGGGAUGGAGUUGGCCGCCUUCAUGGGCCAGUGGAACUACAGAUGAAGCACCACCGGGCCCUCCACACGGUUUGCAAGCCGCGCAGAUAUCUCACGACACCGUGCACCUGACCUGGCAACCUCCGCUGAGAACCAACGGAGUCAUCCGCAGCUACACUGUCCAGUACGGGGUAUCGGUGACGUGCGAAACAGCAGAGUUUUCCCAUCAAGUUACCACGUCAGACGGCAGCACCACUACCGUUAUCGGAGACCUGGUUCCGUACACAAACUACACAUUCCGGGUGCGGGGGGCGACAAGUGCAGGAGGAGGACACUUCAGCGACUGUAACAGCACAAGGACACUGGAAUAUUACCCAACAGCCCCAGUUGUCCAGACGUUUACAGACCAGCACGACUGUAACUGCCGGACGCCAAACUUCCCCCGGCCGGUCCAGCUGCGUGUAGCCUGGCGGCGCCCUGACCACAUCCACGGUCAGCUGCAGGCGUACCGAGUCAGCCUGUACAACAGGACCGGCGGGGAACCGUUCUACCAGGAGAACAUGACGUCAGGACUGCAGCAGGAGAACCUGGCAGCUGUGGUCACAUCGUCACUCCUGCAGCCUGCCAACAACUACUCUGUCACUAUAUCGGCCAUUAACACCUUCUAUCGUGGGCACGAGAGCCAUCCAUAUAUAGCCCGUACGAGUGACGGAUGCCCAAAUGCCCCGACUGUGACAAAACUGGCAAGCAGUGAAUGUGGAGUGAACUGGACAGCUCCUACAGUAACCCGAGGGAGGCUGACUGGGUACAAUGUUAUAUAUGUCGACACGCCACUUCCUGAUCCUGACGCGUCUGAACCUGUCAUCAGCCGUGACCCGUUGGGUUUGGAUGAACAACAGUGGUCCAAGUCACUGGCUGAACUUCCCGCCAACUCCUUGGUCCGAGUCACAGUCCGGGCGGUAACCUGUGCCGAGGGAGACAAGGGGGAGGAGGUCACUUGUCGGGUCUCAAGAGUUGAACCACCGCCGCCUCCAGUACUCCCUACCGGCCCACCCCCGAUCGCUUCGGCAACAUCUUUUCCCAUGGUUCUUCCGAAAGUGAACGAGAGGAAUGGUCCUGUACGUUGCUGCCAAGUCAUCGUCAUCACAAUGACUAAAACCGAGAGCCUUGAUGACCUGAAAACAAGAGUUGGAGAACCUGACGUCAUACUUACAGAGGACGCUCCUGAUGGCGGAAAAACUGAACCUUACGUGGCUUUGUCACUUUCGACAGACGACUACAAAAGAACCGAUGCAGUACAGAUCGGCGACGGGGGACCCUGUGGUCACGAGUGGUGCUGUGAGCGGAGUGAACUCGCCGAUCCUAGGCGGGCACAGACUCCUGGUAAUAAGAAGCUCCAGUCAGGGAGCAAGUACACAGCAGCAGUGCGAUGUUACGUGGACUCUGGAGCCAGGAGACGCAAGCGGAACACGGAAAAAUUAUUCACGACAAGUGGGUACAUGGAACCUGUUAUCACAGAAAUGGACAACCAAGAAGAAACUGUUCCUCUCGUCCCCAUCAUCGCUGGCGUUGCGGCUGCUCUACUGGUGGCUGUGCUGGUGACAGUAGGGAUCAUAUGUUACAAGAAAAGAAAAGCCAAUGACGACCAGCAUGCUCCAGGUGUUCAGCUAGAUCUGAAGAUAAUCAAAGGAGACGAGCCCUCCGCCACGGAAUCAGCUGAAAAUCCUGCAUGUAAGACGCUGGAUGAAGACAAUUAUCUUUAUGAAACGACCAUUUACUGCAUCCAAGACCUUGUCACUGUGGACGACGUAGUGGAAUUCCUGAGGUGCAGGGGUUUUGGGCAGUACGCUGCAGCAUUUAGGCGACACAAGAUAGAUGGAGAUGUAGUCUCGAAUCUGAGCGACUCUGUGCUUGCUGAGCUCAUUCCUGAGAUCGGACCGAGGGUCAAACUACAGAAAGCACUGCAGGAGCUGAAGGACAAUUCGGACUCCGCUGAAAGCAGCAAACCUGUUCACGCUGACUGGGAAAUCCCCAGGUCCAGUCUGACGCUCGGUAAAGUCCUGGGGAAGGGACAGUUUGGAGAGGUCCGUCUGGGGGAGCUGAGGAAGAGAGGUGUCACUCAGACCGUGGCAGUCAAGACACUGAAAGCAUCUGCCGAAGACAGGGACAAAGAGGACCUGUUGGGGGAGCUGGAGAUUCUGGUCACUGUCGGUCGUCAUGACAACAUCAUCAGUCUGGUUGGCGCAUGCACAGUUGAAGGUCCUCUGGCACUUGUGGUUGAGUUCGCACCAAACGGCUGUCUGAAGGACUGGCUGAAGGACAACCGUCCUGAGGAGAUGGACCAGACAGACGACAAAAACAUCCCCACCUCCGGGGUUCAGCUGCCGAUGGACCAGCUCAUUCUGUUCGGUAUUGACAUCGCGAAUGGGAUGAGUCAUCUGGCAGCCAUGCAGUGUGUCCACCGUGACCUUGCCGCCAGGAACGUGCUCCUCGGGAAGGACCUGACGGCCAAGAUCUCCGACUUUGGUCUGUCGCGGGAUAUCUACGAGGAGUCUGAGUACGUCAAAAGCACUAAGAGCCAGCUUCCCGUCCGUUGGAUGGCAUACGAGUCCCUUUUCUACCACACGUACACCACACAGAGUGAUGUGUGGUCCUUUGGAGUCCUUCUGUGGGAGAUCAUGACAAUGGGUAAGAAGCCGUACGGUCGGAUGACCGGCAAAGACCUCAUGAAACUGUUGCCGGAUGGCUACAGACUGGAGAAACCUGCUCUAUGUCCUCAGGAGAUUUACGAUGUGAUGAGGUGCUGUUGGGAAACCCUCCCUGAGAACAGACCAACUUUCCCGGACCUGAAGGUGACUCUGGACCGGAUCAUUCAAGAUUACAAGACAUAUGCCUCAUUGUUGAGGUAAGAAACUGCGGAUAGAAUGAGAGAGACGGAGAAGAAUCCUUUUGACAAGAAUGAAACUUUCAAUCAUUUUCUAAAUAUCAUAUAGCCGGAAUGACUUACUAGUAUCUAUACAAUCCUACUAGGAAUAUCAAGCAUAAGAACGAAUAUCUUACACUAAUUAUGGAACAUUAUACUACUCCCUUGUGAUUCAUUUUUGUCACAAACACAGUACAUAUACUGCACAAGCUGCAUCAUAAUAAAAAAUACAUGUAUAUUAAGGACAAUUCACUGUAAGAACAUAAGAACAAAUAUAUUACACUAAUUAUGGAACAUUAUACUACUCCCUUGAAGAUUCAUUUUUGUCAUGUCCAUUAAUUGCUUACAUUUUUAUCAUCAAGAUAUUUACAUUAUGUAUGUUUUAAUUUAUGUAACCAAGAAUAACAGUUAUGUUAAAAAAAAAGAAAAUCCCUGACAGUCUGCAGCUAAAACAAGAUGGAGACUGAAACAAAAAUUGCCAACAUACAUCUUAUACCUGCUACCAAUGUCCAGUAGGUUGAUAACCAAAUCACCCGGCACUGCAAAUUCUAAAAUUGCUGUCAAUUACAGG